UAUUUUUAGUAGAGACGGGGUUUCGUCAUGUUGGCCAGGCUGAUCUCGAACUCCUGACCUCAGAUGAUCCACCCUCCUUGGUCUCCCAAAACGCCCAUGCAAUUUUAAAUGUUGGUGUUCUGAGCCGACACCUGCUUACGAUUCCUGUAUCUCAGCAAUGAUGCCUCACACACAGGCGGCUCAUUUACUCAUUCACAUAAUAUCUGUGGAAUUCCUGUUUCGCUGAGCCCUGUGCUAAGCCCUGAGGAUGUACCUGAGAACAUGACAUAGUGCCUGCCCUUAUGGACCUCACGAAGCCAUAACAAAUAGUUCUGUAGUUAUUUAUUUAGACAGAUUGUGACAAGACUACAAAGGAGGUGGGGAGGGUGCUCUCUGGGGUAAUGGAAACUAAUUGGGGUAAGGAGAAAGGAGGGUGGAUCUGAGCAAGUGAAGGUGGGCUAUAAAAGGGGUGCAGGUUCAAAUCUGGACAAUUGGAUGGGAAAUAUUUCACAUAGAAGCCGCAGCACACGGAACAAUCCUGGGGCGGGGCAGAGCAGGUGCAGGUAGAAGACAUGAAGGAAUGCCAGUGAGUGGAACUGCAGAGUGGUGAGAAGUGAGGCUGCCAGGAUGGAGUUUGUGAAUUUAUUCUAAGACUUGUGGGGACCAUUUGAAGGCAUUGCAGCAAAAAGUGACAUACCGUUGUGGGCUAUGGACUGUUGGGUUCUAGUCCCAGCAUCCUUUCUCAUAAGCUGUGUGACCUUAGACAAGUUAAACACUCAGCUCCUCCAUUUGCUUCUCUGUAAGCUGGGACCGGUAAUAGCAUGUACCUCCUGGUGCAUGUCAGGUCAGACACAGAUGCUUCCAAACAAGCAGGUGCUUUCAUGUAGUUUCGAGCGCCAUAUGAUGUAUGAAAUACAUGAUGCAUUUUAACCCAGUAAACAUGAAUACAUUUGUUUUCCCCAAAUGUGAUGCAUUCUGAUAUUUUCUGUUCUAUUUCACUAAAAGCCAAGACCCUCUAAGCUCAUUUUUAAAAUUCUGAGAUAAUACAUGUCAAGGGCCUGCCACACAGUUGGCAGUCAGUAAAUGGUGCUAUCAUGAUCAUCAAAAUUGUCAUUAGAAAGACCAUCUGACUGCAAUGAGAGAAUGGCUCGGUUGAGUUGGACCGAUCAUUAUCUAAAUCCUGGUGGUGUGGAAGGACACUGGGUCAUUCCUAUGUUCAUGGCCCAGGGAAGGAUUUGCAUGCUGGGCUUUCUGACUGCAGAAGCUUCUGAGGGUUAUGUGUAAAAGAGGCCAUCUCUCUUGUUUCCCUGGGAGCUAGUGUCUCCUCGUUUUCCAGGCAGUCACAUCAGAUGGCAUGGCUGUUUUCUUCGACUUCUUUGUUAUUUACACUCAGAAUGGCUUUUUCCUGGAAGCCUCAGAGUUGUUAUAAGCCACCCACUUCUUUAUUUUAAGUUGUUGGGCCAUGAUUCUACUUCCCUUUUCAGAGUCAAAGGUUGGAGCCUUAGUGGAAUUCAUUUGCAUUUUCCACUAAGUGGAGCAUCCUCCUCUACCCACGGCCCCAGCAGGCAGGGCUGUGCCCCAUCUCCAUGCCCUGGCUGUGGCAGCUGUGAGAAGAAACUGAGAUGACACAUCCUUUUUCUCCAAGAAACACACCAUGGAAGUUUUUGAAGAAACCCAUGUGAGGUGUUGGCUACCUUUGUGGUUUUAAGAAAGCCUGAGGGCGUGAAGGUAGCCCCAGGAGAAGCCCUUUCCGAGGGCAUUCGGAACCUUCCCAUCCUAGAGGUGAAGCUGAACUGCCACCAGGACUUAUGACCCGCGGCUUCGCUCCCAUUCUGCCCAUCGAGUUCCACAAGAUGGGCUCCUUCCGCAGGCCUAGACCGCGCUUCAUGAGCUCCCCCGUGCUCAGCGACCUUCCCCGAUUCCAAGCAACUCGGCAGACUCUGCAGCUGAGCUCCAGCUCAGCCUGGAACAGCGUUCAGACUGCUGUGAUCAACGUUUUCAAAGGGGGUGGCUUGCAAAGCAACGAGCUCUAUGCCCUGAACGAAAACAUCAGGCGGCUGUUGAAGAGUGAACUUGGAUCAUUCAUUACAGACUAUUUUCAGAACCAGCUUCUUGCAAAAGGACUGUUCUUUGUGGAGGAGAAGAUCAAGCUGUGUGAAGGUGAAAAUCGCAUUGAGGUUCUGGCUGAAGUCUGGGACCACUUCUUCACUGAGACUCUCCCUACCCUGCAAGCAAUAUUUUAUCCAGUUCAGGGCCAGGAGCUGACGAUCCGCCAGAUCUCCCUGCUGGGCUUCCGAGACCUGGUCCUGCUGAAGGUGAAGCUGGGUGACCUGCUGCUGCUGGCCCAGUCGAAGCUGCCCUCAUCCAUUGUCCAGAUGUUGCUCAUCCUGCAGAGUGUUCACGAGCCCACAGGCCCAAGUGAGAGUUAUUUGCAACUGGAGGAGCUGGUGAAGCAAGUGGUUUCUCCUUUCCUUGGCAUCAGCGAUGACCGUAGCUUCUCAGGCUCUACGUACACGCUGGCCAGGCGGCACUCCAGGGUCCGGCCCAAGGUGACUGUCCUGAACUAUGCCUCCCCGAUAACUGCAGUCAGCCGGCCACUGAAUGAGAUGGCCUUGACCCCACUGACGGAGCAGGAGGGGGAAGCCUACCUGGAGAAGUGUGGCAGUGUGCGGCGGCACACGGUGGCCAAUGCCCACUCGGACAUCCAGCUGCUGGCCAUGGCCACCAUGAUGCACUCGGGCCUGGGGGAGGAGGCCAGCAGUGAGGACAAGUGCCUGCUCCUGCCACCCAGCUUCCCCCCACCCCACCGGCAGUGCUCCAGCGAGCCCAACAUCACCGACAGCCCUGACGGACUGGAGGAGGGGGCUGGGGGCAGCCAGGAGGGCUCAGAGCUGAACUGUGCUUCCCUCAGCUGAGUUGCCACCCUGAGGCCUUUCCACCUGUUUUGCAGCCAGAAUGAGGACACCUCCAUCUUCAUGGAUUAGCGAGGGGCUCUUGCUUUAUGUGAUGCUGCCUUAUUUCUUUUAGGGUACAGUCCUGGUCAAAAUGCCCUAAGGGGACACCGUUGUUGUCAGCCUCUUUAUUUUGGUGACUGUGAACACUUCUUUGUGGUCAAUUGAAAGUGACUAACUGCCUAAUGGUCACUUUCUGACUCCAACCUUGCCAGCCUGACUCAGAUCCUCAUCUCUAGGCCUUUCCCCCGCAAAGACUGGACUGCCUGAUGCUCCCAAUGGCAUAUCCAAUGUCCUGACAUUUCUGGAGCAGGAGGUUGUCAGGACCACACAUACAACCAAGGAUAUGUUGGCCUUUGAAGUUCCCCUUUAGGUUCCUUGCGAUGAGAUUUAUGGAUGGAAAAUGAGUGGAGAGGAAUCUCCUCUCCCCCGUUUUGUGUAGAGUGAAAACAGCCUGCAGCCCUUACCCAGCGUGGUCUGGGAAUGUGCCUUCCUUAUUUUAGUUUCAGAAUUGCUGGGAAACGGUUACGCCUCUGGUGGGUGAGGAGCUAUCCUCACCUACAUCCUGAUCCUAUGUGCUGCCUGCACAGAGGCCUUUGGCUUUUGGCCCAGGAAGGCUGCGAGGCUGAAGCUGCCCUGUCUUUCACUGAGCCUCAGCAUUUCCCUCUCAGGCUUCCCCUCAAGCCGAAGAAACUCACCCCCAGAUAAGUAGCUGGUGCCUCUUGUCUCUCUCAUUUCAGAAACAGACUUUCUCACCAUGCUUUCCUAUGGUGGGUGUGAGGGGCCAACUAAUACCAACCAACUAGCCUGUGCCUGGAUUUGACUUGAAUUUUUUAAAUGUGUAUCGUUUCAAAAAAAAAAAAAAAAGUUUGCAAAUUUUGCACGUAGGAUCUUGCACUGUUCAUUUCCAAUGGAGUGAGUCUUCACACUAAAAAAAACAAGCAGAGCUCCUGGGAAAGGAGACUGGAAGUGGUUCAGGAUAAAGAUCCGUGGGAGGCAGGGCUCUCAUGUCACAGAGCUCUGGAAGCAGCUGGACUUGAAUCUGCAAUGGCCUGUGUAAAUUUAUAAAUUUCAUGGUUUCUAGGAAAAGCUGCAUUGGGAUGGGGAGACCCAGUUUGCUUCAUGGGCAGAGGAUUUUUCCAGGAAGCAUGGAAAAUUGAAUGGAUUUUUCCAGGAAGCAUGGAGAGGGGAUAUGUGGGCAGGACCUUUUGGAGGGAUGGGAUGUUUAUUCCCUGUGGUAAAAGAAAGGUCUGGAAUUUCUAGCACGUGAAGCACUUGGGGGAAGCAGGCCCUGGCACUGUGCCGCAUCCUUCCACUGCUCCCUCUAGCUCUGGGAGCUUUUAUCCACCUUGCAUCCCUAGCCUCCUCUUUGUAGUUGUCCAUCUUACUGAUAACAGCUCCAGGAAAAAAGACAAGGCUCCCCCUCUGACCCUUCCUACUAGUGUUUAGGAAAUCUCAAAGAGAUGAGCUACCUUGGCUUCCAAUACGACAAGAGGGUGCUGAGAGGAGGUGAAGAUCAGUCUAAGCUGCCAUGGUGAUGACAACUUCUAAGCUUACUAACUCUUGAUGGCAUUUCCCUUCUGGGUGAAGAUUUGAAAUAUGAUCAGAAUUGUGCUCUUGAUGACUUGGAAUUUAGAAAUUUUAAGAGUUAUUUCAUUUUCAUCCUAAGAGCGAUGGGAGAGAAAUGUCCAAAGGCGAUCUGCUGAUCUGCUAAGAAUUUCAAACAAAAAAUAAUCUCUAUAUAUGUGUUGGAUAAAGUCUACAAAUUGGCUAACAUGCAUUAGCAAAUGGAACAUCAGUAGGUAGCAACAUGAUGAUUUAUGUAACUGAUGGCUUCUGUCUUGAUAAGUACAUUUAACAUUUGAGACUAGUAUUUAUUGAUCCAGGCAAAGUAAUUAAUGAUGCUUGGGUUUACUUUUUCAGUUUAUAAGGUUAAUCAUAGGUAUAUAGGUGUGUGUGUGUAUGCGUGUGUGUAUAAAUGCCUUUUCCAUAUCUUAAAUGUCCCUGAUGAGGAGCGGAGUCAUCAAUUAAAUACAUAAGCUCUUAAAAUGAGAAUGGGACUAUCAGUAUAGACCCAGUGUACUUAAUUGCUGAUGAUGGUUAGCCAGUUUACAACUUUAUCAUUGAUAUACACAUUCGAUAUAUGUGCAGUAAAUAGACUGUACCUAUAAAAAUUGUAUUGAUGUUUAUGGGCAUGUUAGCUAUCAGAGAGCUACUGGAAGAGUGAUAGCCAAAGUGUUUUUAACCACUUUUUCUUUCCUAGAUCAUUUUCAUUAUUUAUGCUAGGAUUUUCCUAUUGUUGACGUUUAAUGACAGGAAGCAAUCAUGACUCUUAACUCCGAGUGAGCUCACAGAAACCUUUCAUAUGGUCUGUUUCCAAAAUGGAUUCAAUAAACAACAUUUUGUCCAUGUUACCCUCUUCUCA